GGGACCUGCCGCUCCAGCCCAGCACGUCCGGAAACGGCCCCAGUCACCGGCAUCAGCGUCCUUACCAAGCAGGACCCUCGCGUGGGGCUCUCCUUCCGUUCCUUCCACCCAGGAGCCCCACCGAGCUUGUCUUCAAUCCUCCAGGGGCUCCUGCUGUGUUAGAGUCUCGGUGCCGUGGCUGACAGAGCCUGCAGGAUGUUCCAUGGGAUCCCAGCCACUCCAGGAAUGGGAGCCCCCGGGAACAAGCCAGAGCUGUAUGAGGAAGUGAAGUUGUACAAGAAUGCCCGGGAGCGGGAGAAAUAUGACAACAUGGCAGAGCUGUUUGCGGUGGUGAAGACAAUGCAGGCCUUGGAGAAAGCCUACAUCAAGGACUGUGUCACCCCUAACGAGUACACUGCCGCAUGCUCCCGGCUCCUGGUCCAGUACAAAGCUGCCUUCCGGCAGGUUCAGGGCUCAGAAAUCAACUCCAUCGAUGAAUUCUGCCGCAAGUUCCGCCUGGACUGUCCACUGGCCAUGGAGAGGAUCAAGGAGGACCGGCCCAUCACCAUCAAGGACGACAAGGGCAACCUCAACCGCUGCAUCGCAGACGUCGUCUCGCUCUUCAUUACAGUCAUGGACAAACUGCGCCUGGAGAUCCGUGCAAUGGACGAGAUCCAGCCUGACCUGCGGGAGCUGAUGGAGACCAUGCGCCGCAUGAGCCACCUGCCCCCCGACUUUGAGGGCCGCCAGACAGUCAGCCAGUGGCUGCAGACGCUGAGUGGCAUGUCCGCAUCAGAUGAGCUGGAUGACUCUCAGGUGCGCCAGAUGCUCUUCGACCUGGAGUCGGCCUACAAUGCCUUCAACCGCUUCCUGCACGCCUGAUGCUUCCCAGUUUCCCAUUGUCCCUUGCGCACCCUGGACACCUGUGCAUCUGUCCAUGGUGUCAGGACUUCAGGGCCCCCUCCCCACAAUAAAGAUGCUGUCUGUCUGA